AUGUCCUCAACAUACACACUUCACGAAGUCACAACUCGCGCCGAAUCAGACUCAAUUGUCGAUUUAGCUUGGGUUGCCUGGCGCGAACCCUACAUAUCAUCUUUCCAACUUUUCCAUCCAGUACACGGUCCUACAUCUCAAGAUUAUGAGGCGGCUGUCUUGGCCGACAAGGAGAGAGCAUGGAAUACUCAUUUGGCGUACCAAGGAGGGUUACAUCCAAAGUACAGAGGAAAAGGUAUCGGCACACUUCUGAUGGACUGGGGUACUAACAUGGCAGAUAAGUUAGGAUUGGAAGGAUUCAUCGAGGCAUCCGACAACGGCCGCAGUCUCUAUCAAAAACACGGAUUCAGAACUCUCAUGAAAUUGUCAAUCGACUUGGAAAAGAAAAACGCAAGUGGAGAGUGGAAUAGACUGCUGCAUGAAUUGGGAUCAUUUCAUUUUUAUAUUAAUUACAGGCCAGUUGGAGGAGUAUUUGAAGAAGGAAAGCCACAGACACCCUGGCAGGUCGAUCAGACGUUGGCGAAAGAGAGUAGAAGUGAGGUGAAGUUUCCUGUCAUGACACUUGGCUCAUAG